CACUACAGUUACACAUCCCAACCAGAGUGAUAUUCUUGUGGACCCAGCCAACGGAAGUGUAACAGUAACGUUGUAUUGUAACAAUUUGAAGAUGUCGGUUGCAUGUACUCAACUUGGUCGGAGCGCCUUGGCAAUACGCGGCUGUGGGGGGAUGAUGAUGGUGCGUUAUGCACAGACAGCUGCGGCCCCAGCCCCACAACCGAGGAUAAAGAAGUUUCAAAUCUACAGGUGGGACCCUGACACACCAGGGGACAAACCACGGAUGCAGACAUAUGAAAUUGACCUUAAUGCAUGUGGCCCAAUGGUAUUGGAUGCUCUAAUCAAAAUCAAGAAUGAUAUGGACCCCACUCUAACUUUCAGACGCUCCUGCAGAGAAGGUAUCUGUGGCUCUUGCGCGAUGAACAUCAAUGGGGGCAACACAUUAGCAUGCCUUAACAAGAUAGACACAAACACCAAAGUGACCAAGAUUUAUCCUCUUCCACAUAUGUAUGUCGUCAAAGACCUAGUGCCUGACAUGAGCAACUUUUAUGCCCAGUACAAAUCCAUUGAGCCUUAUCUUAAGAAAAAGGAUGAAACCCAAGAGGGAAAGCAGUACCAUCAAACUAUUGAGGACCGUCAGAAACUGGAUGGCCUGUAUGAGUGCAUCCUCUGUGCCUGCUGCAGCACGAGCUGCCCAAGCUACUGGUGGAAUGGGGAUAAAUAUCUUGGACCAGCGGUGCUCAUGCAGGCCUAUCGCUGGAUGAUCGACUCCCGUGAUGACUUCACAGAAGAGCGGCUUUCUAAGCUGCAGGACCCAUUCUCCCUGUAUCGCUGCCACACCAUCAUGAACUGCACAAAGACAUGCCCUAAGGGACUCAACCCAGGGAAGGCUAUUGCAGAAAUCAAGAAAAUGAUGGCGACAUACAAGGAGAAAGGGUUGUCUGCCUCUUAAUUUGCUGAAUCUCUGGAAUUCAAUGGAAAAUAGUGUUUUAAUGAACAAAAAAUAACGUAUUGUAUGAAAAUACAAGCAAAAUGACAGUGAUUAUCGGAACUCACAAUUGGCACAAUUUUCUUUUAAGAAUGCCAGCUUUUGUCAAAAUAGUACAGGGUCAGAGUGGGACACAAAAUAUUACCAGGAGAUCUCAGAUUCCAGCGGCCCCCUCUGGAGGUGUUGAUGGGAGUAUAACCUAACUUGGCCUGAUUCCUAUUUAAGGGGGGGAAAUCCGGGGCUAUUUAAACCAUGUCACAGUCACUCAUCUAAAAUCUUCAGUAGUCUCUGUACCCAUCUCAUAGGCGUCUCAUUACCUGCAUGUCUGGUGAUCAUAGCUGUUACCACGUUAUUACCAGGGCUGUGGGGAGGGGCAGCAGGGAGACAGUGUGAGUGGCUGUGAUCGCACAAUCCAGGCUGCUGGAAGGCGUAGCAAAGAACUUAUACAAACAGUGUUAUCAUGCCCUUUCUAAGAUCACAACAGUCAGCCCGGCCUCAAAACAUUACUGGUUGACUGGAAAUUCUCCUGAUUCUUCCAAUUACCACUCCGCUACUGAUUUAGUAGUUAUAGUGAAUUAAAAGUACCAGGAAUUAUUCACAGGAAAAUGGAGUUUGUAUGUGGGUGGGUUAAGAUUCAAAUGGUGUGUAUGUAAGUCAGACAGAAUAUGCCAGGAGGAAGAGGAAGCUAUAAGGGGAUGGAUCUGAAAAAUGGACAUGAGCCCUUAUGCCACAGAGAGGCCCUCAUUUGGGAAAUGUAUAUUCUUUAUUGCAAUGAAUGCAUUGCUCAGUGAAUCAAUGUAAUAGGUUAGUGCUUCUUUAUCCAGUGGAUACUGUGUAUAUUAUAUACUUUGUACAGUGUGGAAUGGCACUGUAUAAUUUAUCAUUUGAAUUGUAAAUGUACCUAAUUGUCUGAUGUUCUGAAGAGGAUGAAGAGUCUCCCUUGAAUGUAAAUAUUAAUGGGUGUGCUAUGGAUUUGUGUGUGUGUGUGUGUGUGUGUGUGUGCGUGUGUGUGUGAGAGAGAGCUUGUUACCCCAAGGUAAACAGUCAUGGCUGUUUACAAAACAUUCCAAGAAAUUACUUCACCAUGAUCAAUAAGACUAAGUACAUAGCCUACACAACUUGUUUUGAUUGUACUUGAAUGUAUGCAGAGGUUUGUUGAGAUCUUACUUACAUUGGGUAUUAAAUAUUUAUUUGCUUUUCGAUUGCUGAUACAUAAGGCUAAACACAAUAAAAAAAAUUCUCUCCUAAA